UUCCAUGCCAAGUGUCGUACCUUCCUACAAAAUGUAGUUAAAAACCAAAAAAAAAAAAAAAAAACCAGACACAACCCAAACUGUUUUUGUAAUCUGAAAAAAAUAUCAUUUGGUACUGCCUGUGUUUUCGCAUCUCUCUUCUCCAACACCCAUUUGUUAGAUAAUGGCUGAUAAUAAGAUCAAAUUCUUUGAACUCAACACAGGAGCUAAGAUCCCUUCUGUUGGUUUAGGCACUUACGGUGCUAAACAUGGUGUCCUUCAAAACACUGUCAUUUCUGCCAUCAAGGUUGGAUAUAGACAUAUUGAUUGUGCUUCAAUGUACAACAAUGAGAAAGAGGUUGGUUUUGCUUUGAAAAAAGUGUUCAGUGAGAGUAUGGUGAAACGUCAGGAUGUAUGGGUCACCUCAAAACUAUGGUGUACUGAUCACUUGCCUGAAGAUGUACCAAAGGCAUUACAUAAAACUCUGCAGGAUUUGCAAAUUGAUUAUGUUGAUCUCUAUCUAAUACAUUGGCCAGUGAGUGCAAAAAGGGGAGCAAUUGCUGUGAAGGGUGAAAGCCUUACACAACCAGACAUCCCAGCUACAUGGAAAGCAAUGGAGGCACUCUACGAUUCCGGUAAGGCUAAAGCUAUUGGAGUGAGUAAUUUCUCGGCAAAGAAGCUCGGGGAUCUAUUGGAAGUGGCACGUAUACCGCCUGCAGUCAAUCAAGUGGAACUUCACCCUGUAUGGCAGCAGCCAAAGCUGCAUGAAUUUUGUAAAUCCAAGGGAAUUCACUUGUCGGGAUAUUCACCAUUGGGUUCUCAAUCUGGGGAGAAUGUGAGGAAGAAAGUUUUGGAUAACCCUUUUGUUAAAAUGGUGGCACGGGAAGUGGGGAAAUCCCCCGCACAAGUAUCUCUCCGUUGGGGACUGCAAAUGGGUCAUAGCGUACUUCCAAAGAGCAUAAGCGAGGCAAGAUUGAAGGAAAACCUUGAUGUUUUUAACUGGUUUAUACCUCAAGAGUUGCUUCCCACUUUUUCUCAUAUUGACCAGGAGAAGUUGAUAAGAGGCGAAGCAUUAGUGGACGAAACCUAUGGUGCAUACAAGACCCUUGAAGAACUUUGGGAUGGUGAAAUCUGAGGUGACCAUAUUUCAGGUGUUCGAUCACAUGCUUACUAUUUUCAGAGUUUUUCUUUAGCUCAUUAUGUAUAGCUAUUCAAAUUUUUUCUUCAAAUUAGAGGUAACAUUAUUUUCGAUUUUUAUGUUCAUUAAUGUAGACAAUCAAGUUUUCUUGCUUCUUUUCCCUCAUUUUCCUGUAACUUUAACUCUAUAUUAAUAAGAAUCCUUCAUUAACUUGGGGUUUAGUCCAUUUGAUUCA